AACAAAUUUCAGUUGCCAAACGACCGCCAUCGAAACUAAACUUCAGAGUAUUCAGGAUCAGCCGAAUGUCUCCAACAAAAAAGGACGUAAAUAAUACUGUCGAUGUUCAGAUGGACGUGGCACUGAUCAAUGUUUUGAAAUCUCCUAAAAAGCUGAGAGCAAAGGUGCCUUGGUAUUAUGCACCCGUCUUUCUGCUCUUUUGGGUUGCACUCUUUUUUGCUGUGGUUGUACCACUCUUUGAUCGACUGCCCGACAGUGUUACAAUCGCAGAGGAGUCCAAGAGACCUGGAGAAUUCGUUGCAGAACGAGCACAACGUCUUCUCUAUGACUUCGAUCGCAUUGGACCCAAAGUCGUGGGCAGCAUUGCCAACGAGGAGCUAACGGUUGCUUUUCUUCUUGCCGAACUCGAAAAUGUGCGCAACUUGAUGAGGGAAGAUCUAUACACUCUGGAGGUUGAUGUACAACAAUCAUCCGGUGCGUACAUGCAUUGGAACAUGGUGAACAUGUACCAGGGAGUACAGAAUGUGGUAGUCAAGCUGAGCAAUCGCAAAUCCAUCAGUGAAUCCUAUUUACUGGUCAACAGCCACUUUGACUCGAAGCCCGGCAGUCCCGGCACUGGUGACGAUGGUACCAUGGUUAUAGUGAUGCUGGAGGUGCUACGUCAAAUUUCUAUAUCAGAUCAGACAUUUGAGCAUCCUAUUGUCUUUCUAUUCAAUGGCGCCGAGGAGAAUCCCCUACAAGCUUCACACGGCUUUAUCACCCAACACAAAUGGGCCAAAAACUGCAAAGCGCUUGUCAAUCUGGAAGUUGCUGGCAGUGGCGGACGCGAUCUGUUAUUCCAGGGUGGCCCAAAUCAUCCAUGGCUCAUGGAGUAUUAUAAAAACAAUGCCAAACAUCCGUUUGCGACAACAAUGGCCGAGGAAACCUUCCAGUCGGGCAUGUUGCCCUCCGAUACGGACUUCCGCAUAUUCCGCGAUUAUGGCCAAGUGCCAGGCUUGGAUAUCGCGCAGGUUAGCAAUGGUUAUGUCUAUCAUACCAUAUUUGACAACUACGAAGCCGUUCCACGAGAUUCACUGCAGAAUGCCGGUGAAAAUGUAUUACCUCUCGUUCGGGCUUUUGCCAAUGCCAGCGAAUUGUAUGAUGUAGAGGCGCACAAAGAGGGACACGCCGUGUUCUUUGACUUUCUGGGUCUGUUCUUUGUAUAUUAUAGAGCAUCCACUGGCAUAAUCCUGAACUCCUGCGUUGCAGCUAUAAGUCUCUUGCUGGUCUGCGUCUCCUUAUGGCGCAUGUCUCGCGUAUCUGAACAAUCCCUGUGUAGGAUUUACAUUUGGUUUGGCAUUUUACUGGCACUACAUGUGCUCGGCAUGAUCCUAUGCCUCGGCCUGCCGUUGCUGAUGGCUAUUGUGUUUGAUGCCGGCGAUCGAUCGCUCACUUAUUUUACACACAUCUGGCUUAUGUUUGGCCUCUUCAUCUGCCCGGCCAUUAUUGGACUCGUUUUGCCCACCACGAUUUACUACAGCUUCCGCAAGAACCUGAAUAUAAGCCACGCCUACCAUCUACAAAUGAGCCUGCACGCCCACAGCGUUUUGUUGUCUAUUAUAGCCAUUGUACUGACUGCAAUUAGUCUGCGCACACCUUAUCUCUGUAUGAUAUCCACAUUAUUCUACUCAGCUGCAUUGUUAAUUAACUUGUUGAGCAGUUUACACGAUCGAGGUUACUACUGGGUUUUGAUCUUGCAAAUAUUUCAGUUGAUGCCUUUCUUCUACUUCUGCUCACUUUUCUAUAUGUUCCUUGUUAUUUUUAUACCUAUGAUGGGAAGAAAUGGCAGCUCGAUUAAUCCUGAUUUAUUAGUAGCUGUAUUAUGUGCAAUGGGAACGUUCUUCGCUUUGGGAUUUGUAUCACCGCUUAUUAAUAUGUUUCGCUGGUCCAAAUUUGUAAUGCUCUCGCUGGGCAUUAUAACCUUUAUAUUCAGCAUGAUAGCAAUAUCGGAUGUCGGAUUUCCCUAUCGGGCCAAGACCAGCGUUAUGCGUGUUAACUUCUUGCAUGUGCGACGCAUCUUCUACGAGUACGAUGGAAGCGUUAGCCUCAGCGAUUCGGGCUAUUACUUUGAUUUCCAGGACAGGCGUCUCUUCCAUCCACUCGAGGGCACUUCUGUUAAUUUGGCGGGUCUGCAUAACAUAAAGGAGGAUUGCGAUAAGCACUUGAUGUGUGGUGUACCCUGUUUUAAUCAUCGCUGGUGCAAGGCACGUAACACAGGACACUGGUUGGCACGUGAAGAGGAGGUCACCAUACCAGGCCACACAUCCUUAAUUCAUUUGGCUAAAACCAUAUUGGCAAAUGACACCAAAGUACGCUAUGAGUUUGAAUUGAGCGGACCACCACAUAUGGGUUUGUUUAUUCAACCCCUUGAGGGUGUUGCAGUGGACGAUUGGUCUUUUAUAAGAAAUGUGCUAGAUGAACCGGAAGAGUAUACGUUACCCUAUCAAAUAUUCUUCUCCUAUGGCAAGGACAACUCUCCCUUGAAGUUCCACAUUGAUUUUGUGAAAUCUGAUCGAAACUUUAAUGUUCCGCUCUUUGAGUUAGGAGUUUCCUGGCAUUACCUUAGCUAUGACUAUAAACGGGACUCAGCCGGAAUGAAGUUUAUAGCUGACUUUCCGGACUUUGUGCACGUGAUGGAGUGGCCCACGUUAUAUAAGCGUUAUGUAUUCUAAAAUAAUAAUGUCAAAUGUCUUAAUUAUAUUAAUAAUUUAUUUUGAAGAUAAUAUUAAAUUGUCAAGUGACUUU